CGAACCACGAGCACGUAUACUGCGUUUCCGCUUCCGGUUAGUGUAACAGAGGAUCACCGAGUGUCCGGCCGUCGUUCCUUUUUGUUUUCCGACUUCACUUGUCUCGUGUGCGUGUGCGUGUGUGCGCUCCCGGUGGAAAGUGCCAAGCGCGUACCGGAAAGGUGUAGCCUGUGAGAUUGUAGCCGGUGGUGUUGUACCCUUUUGUCGGUUGUGAUUUACCGUAGUGGUGCUUCCUUCUCCGUGUGAAGAACGACGUCUGUGAAUCUCGGUCAGAACACACGGCCAUAGCCCGUGCAAUAGCCGCCGAGCCAAAGCUUGCAUCUGUCCGUCUGUUACUACCACUCAUCAUCAUCAUCAUGACACCGGCCACGUCUGCAAAGCUGUUGCUCGCCCUCGGGGCCCUAUUUUGCGUACUGCAAAUGCUGGAAUGCGGUGUAGUCGAUAGACAACCACGUGCAUACCGGCAGUACAGCAGUGAGCCACAGAAAAGACCCUUCUGCAAUGCGUUCACCGGUUGUGGUAAGAAGCGCUCGACGGCCACCAGUCCACCGUCGACGGCUGCAUCGGCGGCGGCGGCUGCAAUGCUGCAGCGGCAUCUGCAAAACAUGGAGAGCGCACGGAAGGACCGAUCGGGUGGGGAUUUCGAUCCGAACGAGGAAUCCAUCAGUAGCCUGCUAGACCUGAACACGGAACCGGCCGUCGAGGAUUUGCUGCGACAGAUCAUGUCCGAGGCGAAGCUGUGGGAAGCGAUCCAAGAGGCGAACCGGGAAAUCUAUCUGCAGAAAUCGGGCGUCAACCAGCAUCGUGGAGACUUUCCGCUCACCUUCAGCACCCAGUAGAUACGGUUCCUUAGCCGACCCGAGGUUGUGUGCAAGUUGGUAGGCACCAGAAACCAAAACUUUACAGAUAUAGUUCUAGGCAAGCAUGGUACUGAGCUCUGGUACUGAGCUGAGGGGAUGAUACAUUUUAAAGGCAAAUCUCGAGGCUUUGCCUCACGUUCGCACCGAUGGCACACGGUAUUGAUGGAGGGGUGAGGCACUAAAAAUGGACAAAUUGCGACACACACAUUGCAAGUAGUAGUGUACUGUUUGGGGACAUCUGUUACUCUUCGAUGGCGAGAUAUUAUGUGUGUGUACGUGUCUGGUGGUGAAAGACGAUUUCCUGUAAUUUAUUGAAAAUUCGUUAAUGCUAUUAAGAAUGUAAGUCAAAAGCAAAAAACACACACACACACAAACCGGUACACGAACAUGUAGCCAAAACACUCAAAGACACAACAGCACACAUCAUGAACACGUGCUAGCUUCCUGAUAAUAUAGGAAGCGAAGGCAACAAGAGUUCUUGUAACGCAAUAAAUAACGACCGAUGAGUCGA